AUGGAUAGUUAAUUCUGCGUAAUUUUUCCAAUUGUAAUUAAAAGGGUGAUAACAAAGUUAUGUGUUUGCUUUCCAUGACAGAAUCUUUGAUUUAUAUGAGCAUUUUCCUUUAUUAGUAUAAACUUAUGAGUUCGGCUUGGAUAGACAUGAAAGUAAAGGAAACUUAUCAUAAAUCAUUUACUCUGAGAUAUAAAUUUAUUUGGGUUCUACUAUUAAUAGUAGCCUUAAUUUUGGAAGGUGUCUUGAAUAGCUUUACUCCUUAUGUCAAUAUGAUUCCCAUUGGAUGCUAAUUCAUAGUUUAUGUAAUUAUAAUCGUUUAGAUUAGUGCACUAUGAUGAAAAUUUUAUAUGAUGACAAUAAAUAUUUUAAUUAGAGUAGAAAAUAAUUCAGAAGAUUUAUUCGUUAUCCAUUCUUAUUUUAGAUAUUGUAAACUUUAAAUAUGAUAAUAUUUGGGAACACAGUAUGGAUGAAUCUAGUUUAAAUUUUUCUUCUUUUUUCUUUUUAUGAAUACCUUGUAGAUAAAUCAUGUAAUUUAUAAGUAAAAGAUCUAAGAAGACACAUUGACAAUUGUGAGAAAUUAAAUAUCAUAUGCAAUUCAAAUAUUAAUUUAAAUCAGCAUAUGAAUAAUAAAUAAUUUUUGGAUGACUCACCAAAUUUACAACAUACUCUAUUAUAACAAUCACAUGCUGUUAGAGACACUCCACAAUUUGAUAAUUUCGGAACAGAUAUUGAAAGUGAUUCAGGAAAUGAGGAGCAUACAGUUAGAGUAUCGUUCAGCAAAUCGUCUGAGAUAGGAAAUAUAUCAAUUAAUAAUUUAGAGAAUGAGAAAUAUGAAAUAAAUUACAAUUACAAAGGAAAGCAUAAAUAUAAGAUAGUAGAGAUUUCAGAAAUGAACAAAUUCAUGCAACUACUAAAAUUGGAUGAUUUUUCUUAAAUUUGGAAUGACCAAAAUCGACUCAACUAUUUUAUUUAAUAUUUAGAAUCAAAAAACCAUCAAAUGUAUUUAAAUAUUAUAUUUUAAGAUGGUGUGAAAAUUUUUAAAGAUAAGAAAUUAUUGAUACAUUUAUGC